AUGGCUUCGAACCGCCGCGGCGUGGGCUUGAACGCCUUCUCCAAUGCUGCGAUAUCAUCAGACAAAUAUGCCGCCCAUGGUGCCCAGCUCCGCUCCAACCAUGCCGACGCUCUCGCCAACCAACUCGCCGUCUUCCAAGCAGCCUUGCACAACUUCUCACUCACACACGCCAAAGACAUCCGCAGCAAUCCAACCUUCCGCGCGGAGUUCGCUCGCAUGUGCCAUGCCAUCGGCGUAGAUCCUCUCGCCGGAAGCAAUGUCAAGGCCAAAGAUGCAGCAAGUGGGAAGGGAGGAAGUGUCUGGGCAAAGAUGCUGGGAACGAGUGUGAAUGACUUCUACUUCGAGCUAGGAGUGAGACUUGUGGGGGUAUGUCGAGAAUCAAGGAGCGAAAACGGAGGCAUGAUUGCGCUUUCUGAAGCCAGGAAACGGAUUGCGAAAGGCAGAGGGCUAGUGGGAGGCAGCAUCGAUGUGACCGACGACGAUGUGCAGCGAGCGCUGGAGAGUCUGGAGCCUUUGGGAGGACAGUUCAAAAUUACACAGCUUGGAUCUACUAAAUUCAUUCGAAGCGUACCGAAGGAGUUGAACCCCGAUCAAUCCACCGUGCUCGAGGUCAUCCAAGUCAUGGGCUUCAUCACGGUAUCGAUGCUCCAAGCCAAUCUCGACUGGGAGCGCGCGCGAGCUGUUGCGGUAAUUAAUGAUCUUGUGGCGGACAGUCUGGUCUGGGUCGAUGAGCAGUCUGAGGAGACUGAGUACUGGAGUCCGGCUUCCAUGCACGAAGGUGGUUGA